GCGUCAUACAUAACGUCAUAGAACCCGUGGGUGGCUUUGGUAGAGCACGCCACGUUGGUUGGUUCUUUAUCAUGUCUUUAUUCUAUGGCCUUGCUCUCGGCGUCCACAUUGAUCCUGCUUCUUCUUUUUUUUUAUCUAGAUCUCUAUCUUUAUGAUUGCGGUUAAUAUUAGUACACUCUAGUUAGUACGGUAUCGGUGUGAGUUGAGCUUUCAGAGCAUGACAAGUUGGUUCUUCAUUAUGUGAUGACAGCCUGAACCAAACCUCAGAUAACACGAAACGUCACACAGAGGCCUGCCAACCACUGCGCAUGUCGUCGCUAGUCCUGUAAUGUGACAUAGACAUGAAGCACAUCAAGCGUUUCCUGUUUUCGGCGCCGAGUGCUGAAAGACCGAUGGAACCCGUCGAUCCUUUUCCUUUGAUGAACCUUCCCGAGCCGUUAAUCGAAUACGUGCUGUCUUUCGUCAGUCACACGGAUCUGCUGAAAAGUUGCCGCAAUACAUGCAAGCCUUUCCGAGACAUAAUCGACUCCAACAGCUUCUGGAAGAUCAAGUGCCUGCGGGACGGCAGGAGCAUUCCCUCGUUCCACUUGGAGGAGCUUCCACCGCGUUACUACCAACGCAUUUACAUCGGGAACCCGUACGGCAGGAAUUUGCUUCAGAACGGGCACGGAGAUUCUCCCAAAGGUGCAUUUGCCUCGUGGCGUAUAAUAGAAAACGGUGGUGAUGGAUGGAAAUAUGAAGCAACACCAAAAGGCGCUGAUCCCUUGCCUUUAGAUAAACAGGGAUGCUUUUCAACUUCUUAUGGUGCAUGCACGAAGCAGCAAGUCAUCAGCCUUGCAAGCGAGGGUGUCCUUCCUGAAAUAAUGGACAACUUCAAGCCACACAUUGAAGUAUCAGAAUGGCAUGCAGCUCGAUUUGAUUGUGGCUGCGAGUACAGGUUGACUGUCUCACUCCUCAAUGAAAAAAGGAAAGUGCUGCACGAGUUCACUACUGGCCCUAUUGUGACCGAACAGUGGCUUGGCCGUGAAUGGAGUCAGGUCACACAUGUGUUUCGUGACUACCCAUCAGGGGUGCGUUUUGUUCAGUUCCAGCACUAUGGUUGUGACACUCAAUUUUGGGCAGGCAACUUUGGAUCCAAGAUGGCAGGAGGUGUGGUUCGUGUUCGUGGAAACAAGCAGGAACCUGUGGCUGCUGAAGUCACCACUGCGUAAUCUUUUCUGGUUCUCCCCUCUGAAGCUGCUUGCAAGAACACACUCAUGUUAUGUGCAUCUGCUGUUUUGUGUGGGAGAACUCCUCCAUAAGUGAUAUUCUCUUAUGUAUAGAUUUAUACAAGUAAUGAAUCUGGUUUAAACGCAUUUGAUUGAUAAUAUCAGACUUCAUUAGUCUAUUGUUCUAGUUUCUAAUUUGCAUGGACCUUUUGAAUAUGUCCCUUGCACCAUUGUGGAAUUUAUGACCAUGUUAUUCGAAUAAGAUUUUGAGUUCAAUUGAACCUCUUGUCUUUAUCAACAAAUUAAUGGGGCUUCUAUGGCGAAAAGCAAAUGAAAAAAAAAAGAAGUUAUUCAUAAAGUGUAAUAAUAAAAACAGCUUGCCGAAGCUGCAUUAUUGAGCAACACUUCUGAAAUAUCAAUGCAGCCUCUCUAAAUUACAGGAGGUAGCUUCGUAAGCCAGAAAAUAUUAAAAUAUGGAAGACAAGUGGCGCUAUCAUUGUGAAGCUCUCGCAUGAUGUAAUUAAUUGCAACAAUGUCUACUUGUGUGCUUUUUUGUAGAGAAAGACCAUAAUUCAUUUCGAAGAAGCCAAGGACUCCACAUAAAUUCUUUUGAGAACAUUUCCUGCUCCAGAACUGUCAGAAUGCGAGAAAAUAAUGUGGAAUUCAUGACGUCCAACUGAUGUAGCGACAAUGAAGUUUUAUUUAUUUUUUAUUUAUUUAUUUAUUUCACAAUACUGGAGGCCAGAUUGGCCCAAGCAGGAGGAGCAUGAAAACACAAAUCAUAACAGCACAUACAUGCAAAAAAAAAAUUAUGUUGCACGUGACAUACAACAGAAUAAAUAAUUAGAAGAUGACAGAGCAGAAACGAAAAGCAAUGAAUAUUGAAAUUGUCAUAAAAAAGUUGUUUCCUUUCUACUGAAGAAACAAAGUUCGAAGGGCCUGUUCCACGUCAGGAAACUGAAAAACUGAUUCAGGAAGCACGUUCCAAUCAGCUACUGUUUGAGGGAAGAAACUGUGCUUAAACGAGUUUGUUUUAGCAAAAAUAGGCUGCAAUAAGUGUUCCCUAUUAUGACGAGUUCUUGAAGUAGUGGAGUGCCUGAGGAAUGAGGAGGGAGCAAUGCUAAGCUUUCCUGCCAAAAUUUUAUGAAGGAAAGAAAUGUGGUUCAGUUUUCUAUGUGUACUAAGCAAUGGGAUAUUAUUGUCCUUUAAAAGCUGUGUUGGGGAUUCUGACCUUCUGUAUUUAUGAAAAAUGAAACGUACUGCCAUUCUCUGAACGAGCUCUAAUUGAUAGAUGUCUUUCUUAGUGUGCGGGUCCCAAAUUACGGAUGAGUAUUCAAGUUUGGACCUGAUGAAAGUUUUAUAAGCCAAGAGCUUAAUAUGGCUAGGAGUGUGCUUUAAUUUUCCUCUCAAGAAAUAGACCUUCGAGAAUGCGGUUGAACAGAUCUCAGAGAUAUGAGUCCUCCAGGUUAAUUGGUUGUGUAGAGUUAUUCCUAGACAUAUAUAUUGUGAGACCUUGCUUAUGUGACCUUUGUGGAGGCAAUAUUGGUAACGGCUAACAUUUCUUUUUCGCGUAACUCGGAGAAGCACUCUUAUCAAUGUUUAAAUCCAUAUUCCAUUCUUCACAUCAGUGACAUACCGUAUUUACACGAUUGUAAGUCGACCCCUUUUUUUAAAUUUGAAAGUCUGAAGUCGGGGGGUCGACUUACAAUCGAAACCGAAACAUGGCCCCGCCAAAAAACGCGAUACCAACGGGAGCUACAAUGUAGUUAGAAUUUUAUGUUUGCUCUAUGGCCCUACCCGUAUCUUUUCGCUAUCCCACGUGUUUGUUCACUUUCGGAAGAGUUUUUCAACAUUUUUGAGAGUUUUACAGUGCAUGCAACUCAUGGCUGGGGGGGGGGGGGGGGUGUCGAUAGUUGAUGGAAGCGCCGCUGUUCCCAUUUGCGGCGGCACCCUCAGAACGGCGGCGCUUGCGGGGAGUAUCGGUAGUUCAUGGAAGAGCAGACACCGCUCGCUGGUUUCUCUUUCUCUGUUUGAAGGCAUUGGUAUUGGCAUGGUAUUGGUUUGACGCGUUCCACUUGACUGCCGGCUACGUGCUACUUCUAUGCUUUCCCAGUCGUCAUGAGUGCUGCAGGCCUACUAAUCGUUCGGCACUCGUUCACAGCAGCGUUCAAGAGGGCUGCCAUCCUUUACGCCGAAGAAACAAAUCACUGCACAGCGGGCCGCAUUUUCGAUGUUUCUAAACGGGUGGUGCGAGAGUGGCGACUGCAGCGAAGCGAAAUUUUCACCUGUGACGACAAGUGAGAAAUUUCCCACGUGCCAAAGUCUGGAAGCUUUCCGGAGCUGUAGGCUAAGCUUGCGGCGUAUGUCGCUGAAAUGCGUGAUCGGUCCCUGCCAGUGAAGUGCGACGUGGUCAUGAAACAAGCCCGGACCUUCGCCUUAAUUUUAAGAUUCUGCUCCGCCGUGAGUACAACGAGUGGCUGGCGGCAGAAGACUGCGAAAAUACGCCAACCGGACUUGUCAAAAGAGCCUCCCUGACGGCUGCGUGUGGUUGGGUGAAUUUGGCGUGGGCUGCUGUUCUGCAAGAUGUCCUAGUGCGGUCGUUUGCCAAAUUUGAAAUUUUGCUGGACCACGACGCGCUGUGGGACCGCAGCACUAGUGAAGAUGAGUAGUCCAGUGACCAUGUCAGCUACUAAUAAAUUUUCGUUAUCGAAUGCGCCCUCGUGUAUGCUCUCUUAUUUUUUUUUUUUUUUUUUUCGGUCACGCGAUAUGGGGGGGUCGACUUACAUUCGAGUCGACUUACAAUCGUGUAAAUACGGUAUAUUGAGCAAAGAUUCUUGAAGCAAUUGAUGGUCUUCUAUUGAUGCUAUUUCUUUAUAUACAAUGCAGUCAUCUGCGAACAAUCUUAUUGACACUGACCGUGGAAUGACAUUUAUUAAAUUAUUUAUAUAUAUUAAAAUAGCAAAGGUCCCAAAACACUAGCUUGAGGAACACUGGAAGUAACAGCAAGUGAUUCUGAUAGGGCGCCAUUCACAUCGACAGACUGUGUUCUACCACUUAACUAUGCUCUGACUCAUUCUACAAGAUACAGCAGAAGACCAAUAACUGCAAUUUAUAAAGAAGCUUUGAAUGCGGUACCCUGUCAAAAGCUUUCGCCAUAUCCAGAAAAAGAACAUCGAUCUGUCCCAAGUUAUCCAGUACGCUGAGAAAGUCAUGAACCAUCGUAACUAGUCGGUACAACUCAAGCCUUCCUCCAAUCCUUAGGCAACUCACUGGUUUGUAGAGAUACAGUGAAAAUUUUAGCAAGAUGCUCCGAGAUCUGGUCUGCAUAACGCUUUAAAAAAGCACUUGGAAUACCGUCAAGACCAUGACCUUUCCAAAUAUUUAUUUUACGAAGCAAAGACAAAACCCCUUCUUUGGUAAUGAUAGGAACCUCGCUAGGAUCGAUGGAUCGUUUCAGUGCAUCAAAUACCAUAUCUGAAAGGCCCCCAAAAACAGUUUGAAAGUAUCCAUUAGAGAGUUGAGCUAUUUCCUUCUCAUCAGUAACAAGGUUCCCAUCAUCACUUUUAAUUUCUCUUAUGACCUCAAUUUGAUGGCCAAGGUAACUCCAAAAUUUGCAGGGAUCUGUUUUUAUGAAUGAAGGAAGAGUAACCUUGAAAUAAUGGGAUUUCGAAGCGGACAGUUUCUGUGCUAAUUCUUGUUUUAAAUUCUGCAAAUACUGAGAAAAUAUAGAAUGAUGUCGCCUAAGACGUUGAAGUUUCCGCUUCAAAUGAAUAUCACGACUCACCCAAGGGUUUCGAUGCUUAUUUCUCACUCUUUGUCGAGGUACAAAAUUUGUGAUAGAAAAUAAGAUGCCUUCCUUGAAGCGUUCCCAUAAGCUGUGUACAUCACCCUCAUUAGUAGAGCAGCAGUACAUCAUCCAAGUAGUCAAUAAUAGAAGCAUCAUCAGCACGGUCAAAAUCAUGGACGGUAGGCAACAGAGAAAUUUCAAGUACUGUCAACGCGAUCAGUAGGACAAGAAAAAAAAAAAGCAAAUGGUGAUCAGAAAUACGAGGCUCAACUCUGAGUUCCCCAUUAGAGAACAAUUCACUGACAAAGAACAAAUCUAAGAUAGCAUUUUUACGGGUACAGUCGCGCACAAUUUGGUUAAGGUUUAAAGGUAACAUGGUGCUCACAAUUAAAUUACCAGAAGCACAACUCUUGUCAGCUAAACUCCUCCAGUCCAAGCCUGGUAGAUUGAAAUCCCCCGUCAUAAUCGCAUUGUUUUCAAGCUUGAUUAACAAGUGAUCAUAUAAGCUUUCAAGAAAUGUUAAUAGAGAAUCGGGAGCACGAUAAACCAAGCAUAAUAAGGAGGUCAAGCCCCAAUGUGACAUUUAAAAGCAGGCUUUCGUGAUCUGGAAUUCGGUCAAGGACAGUGACCUGGACAAAGGACUUCACAAUAACUGCGACACCCCCGCCCCUUGAACCACGAUCCCUUGUAAAGACAUGGUAGCCAAGGGGAAUAAUUUCAUCAUUACUUAUUUGAUCAUGUAACCAUGUUUCUGAAAGAACAAGAAUGUGUGGGUCAUAGGAAAGGAGUAGUAGUUCAAGCGCGUUAGUUUUAUUCUUAAUACUUCUUGCAUUUAGAGACAACAGCCGUAGCUCUUGUGCCUGGUCCUGCAAACGCUAUCUUUCAGAACUAUCACCUGUGGUGAUAGAUGCUGGCGCCCGUGUACUCGAUGCAUCAUCCCACACAUCGUAGGUGUUAUCGAUUCGCAGUUUGUCGUGGAUAAGGGAAACCUUCUUGCCACUAUCGCUUUCAUUAUGUUUUGGCUCAGAAUUAAUAAAAAGGAAGUGUGUCCCUCAUUUUCUCCUGUAAUGAUAAACAUUUUCCCACCAAAUUAAUGAAAACAAGCUUCUUAAAGAAUUUUUGAUACCAGUCUAAACUGAUUUAGCACAUUUUUUUUAAGUAUCACAUGUUGACAAAGCCUGUGGACAACCUUGUAGACAAACUUUUUAGUAUCUUUAUGUACAUAUAUGUGUGUUGAGGCUCUGUAGAAACAUGCAGAAAAAGAGUAUAGGGCAUUCAAUAUUGGGACAUAAUCUUGUCUUUGAUUACAUAUUAUUCACUGUGGAAUAGUUCAAGCCUAUAUAGAAAUGCAGAUGAAAUAGCAUGCUUAUAUAAAUUUUAGUUAAUGUGGGUCUAAUAAAUUUGUAACAAAAAUGUUUAAGGUUUUGCUUUGGAUGAUUACCUUUCUUGUUUGUAAAAUAUUCAGCCUGUAGUAGGUUUGCUGCAAUAGAGUUUGGCUGUAAAUACUUUACACAUGUAAACCCCAUGAAUGGAAGAAUAUGGAUUACAGUUGGCAUGAGAAAGCUGAAUUACUCGCUGCCUCCAUAAAUUUCAGAUUUUCUUUUUUGCAACAAGUACAGUCUACAUACUUUUUUGUUUAUGUUGGGACAUAGUGCUGCCUUUAAUUGCAUAUUCUUUUAGUCUGGAACAAUAAUUUUUGGUGCAAUGAGCAACAAGAUUUUAUUUCAUCCUGUUGCAAAAUUUUACUUGUGGGGCCAGAGGCCACAUGCAGCACUUAAAGGGACACUAAAGGUUACUAUUAAGUCAACGUGGACUGUUGAAAUACCAUCACAGUAACCUCGAAACGCUUGUUUCGUGCCAAGGAGAGACUUAUUUUAAGAGAAAAUGCGUUCUGAAGCGUCCGCGUACCGCUAGCGCAGUUCAAAUCGCCCGCCCUCCGAUCGAGGAGUACUGACAUCAUGGUCUCAUAGUGACGUUGCGCCAACGGUGAGGAGAACGGCGUCCGCAGACGGCGCUACGCACGGAGGAAGGAAACUAAGGAGAGGCCCUACCCCCUCCGCGCGCUAGGAGAAAAGUGUGGCGGAAAUGACGUAUAGGUUCUCAUUUCUUUUGCUGCUUUUUUAUUUUUUUUGCUGCAUGGCCACGCCUUUUGGGCCACAAUGGCGGCGUUGUUCUGAUUUUUUGAGCGCGCACACGUGUUGCUCUGGUAGGUUUCGUGCCGUGGCAAAGGCGCUGUGUGGGCGGGUUUGCGUUAGUCACCGUGUCUUGUUGCGCUGUGUUACCUGCACCGUGCUCUGCCGGAUGUUGAGCGAGCGCGCGCGCUCCGCGUGCGAAACCACGCGCAGCGCGGCGUGGUUUCGCGAAAGAUGUAAACAAGAGAGGAGGGUGGCACAAAAGGCGGAGCAUCGCCAUGAGCAACGCCAACUUCCGGCUUCACUUUUGCUUCACAAAGAGUGACGUCAGGGCCUCUCCUUAGUUUCCUUCCUCCGUGGCGCUACGGCUUUUCUGCGCAAAACGCAAACGCGCGGCCAGAAACAGAGCCAAGACAGAGCCGACAGCAGAGCGAAAGCGGGAGUAUGGUGGCUAGCGGAAGGAGAAACGAAUUACGUCCCACAUUACGUCCCACGGCACACGGAGAGUCCGUUUUCGUUAAACUAUAGGCUGCGGCGAGCUCGCAGCGUGGUCGGCGUGAUCUGUGAGAAGUGACGAGCCUUUUCGCACUCGCAACAGGGCAUAAAAAAGUGCGAAUCGACGCAAAACUCGGCCUAGAAACGUGCUUCGCCACAGCCAGCUGGCGCGACCCAGAUGUCGUUUCCCGUACCGCCACCAGGCGCCGCUACUAUACCUCAAACUCCAGCGCAAGACGCCCAUAAGCUGGUACUUCAUUCUAUGGCGCAAACUUCGACGCUCGUCGCAAUGGACCCUGACACCAACAGAUUGGCUCGCGAUGGUGGGCUCAACUUCAGCGAUUUGAGCACCGACGAGCGCGACCUGCUGCUGAGGGCUCGCACUGCCGGCGUCGUUGCGUACUACGACGGCGGCCUCGACACCGGCUCUCCGGAGCGGGAAAGCAACGAGGGCUUCCCACGACAUCACAUGGACGUGGCAUUCUCGCUGCUUGUUCCAAAUGAAAGUGUCGCGAGCCAGCAGAACCCUCACAGCACGACGCGAUAACGAAAGUACUGAAACUCCAAAGCGUGCGCGGCGCAGAGUCGAGCGCGCAGAGUCGAGCGAAAACGAAACCUUUCGAACACCCAUAUUACUGAAGGGUAACGUCAAAAUGUUAUUUUUUCUUAGAGUCGAAUAGACGUAGACAAGUAGCAUUUUUUUCCGUCUUAUAAUCGAAUGAAAUGAUAUUUUUAAUACGAGUAGUUGAGUAUUAGUAACACAAAUUAUGAGGAGUCCUUUCGUCAUCGGGCUAGUACCGGAAUGUCGCUGGGGGGUCUCAAAUCGUGUCAUGCAUUUACGUCAAUUUCUCGGUUACUAAAGCUCUGUUCGCGAUUAAAUUGACGCCUUAGACGUUCUAGAACAUUGCUCUACCACUUUAACUUGAGUUUCUGGUAACCUUUAGUGUCCCUUUAAGAUGAGCUUGAUAGAGAGUGACUGAGAAGAAGAGGCACUUUAGGGAGCACGGCUGAGUGCCUUGGCGACAUAAAGAGGAAUAAAAGAGUGGGCAUUCACAGGACCCAUGGAUGCUAGCAGCAGGCAGAGGUAUGCAUGGUGUGUUUGGGAGAGGGCAGUUUCAUGCAAUUCCUGUCUGGCUAUGCAGUGGACCAUGGAAGAGUUUCGGUAUUUAUGUUUCAUCAUUUUGUGAGUGCCAUUCCUUUUGUCUGUUUCUUAUUGGCCAUCAUAAAUAAUGAUUCCCUCCAGAGAUUUCUGUCAGUGCCUUCAAUGUGUCUUUACAUCUGUAGACAGAUAUUCUUGAAACCCAUCUUUUCACUACACUUUUAGAAACUAGCUUAGAAGAACUUCUUGUUAGGCGAGUUGGUGCAUAUUAGCAAACAAUAUUUGAAAUGUACAAACAAAAGACCACAGAGACACACAAGGACAGGCGCAAGCUUGCAACUAAUCUUUAUUUCACAAAGACCACAUAUAAGUACAUCCCAGAAAUAUACCGCUGCGCAUGCGUGGAGAAAGCAUAAUCACCCAAAAACUUUCUAUUCAAGCAACACACAACCUAUGUUCAUCAAUAAACCUCAUCUCAUUGUUGUACAGAUAAACUGAGGUGUCACCGACACCAUCAUCUCCCUUCUUUCUUAUAUGAUACGCCUCUUGUAACUCAUGCCCGGCUCUCUCGGCACCGGCACAAUAUCUUCACUUCUUUCAGGAUCGGCUUACACGGGCACGCCAAGCAAUGAGUACGAAGGUGCCCACUCACUAAUUGACAAUUCCUAAUUGACAAUUCAUGCUGACGCAUGUGUAUGCGUAAACUAGAAACUAGUUUGAGAGAAAAGGAUUCUUACGUACAUUUGCAAUAUAACAGAAGGAAGUGCUCGCAGUGAGACACACUUGUAAAACUAAUGUAUGAUUGUGCUGGGCAUGAGAUAAGGUCAACUUAAUAACUGUGCCUUUAUAUUUUAAUGACACUUUAGUGAAAGAAAUAUACUUCGUGCACAUUACAUGCUAUGAGCUUGUGUAGCUCUGUUUUAGUGCAGGACGUUUUCAUGUGGUGCACAAGCUUGGGGAACUCCUCAAAUAGCUUGCACAUUCUUGAUGAGGGCAACCAUGGCAGUAUACUUGAUGGACACUCAUAAAGCACACUCCAGCAAGUGCAAUUCUGCCAUGUGAAAUGUUGGCACUCAAGGCUGGACAGCUAGGUAAAUACUGCCCUGUGUUGUUAGUAACAGUACCCUUGCUAUGCCGGUGUGUUUUCUUUCGGCAGUAGAUGUUGUCAUGUGUUUGUGAAAUAUAAAUUUCCUGGCUGAAAUGCAAAACCACACUUGUGUCUUAGUGCCAAUUUUCAACAUAUUUUACAUUAGCACCUGUUGUCAUGGGAUUGCCACAAUGUAACAUUAGAGUGGCUUGUUAUUUUGAGAACGACCAUUUUGGCAAAGAAGCGUGCACCAUGAGUAUUAAAAGUGGACAUUUCUGUCUUCAA